GGUGGCUGGUCGUGCCGACUGCCGAUCUGGUCGGAUUUUCAGGCGAGGCUACGCCCUGCCGUCGGCUCAGCGCCGAUCUUAUUGUCAGCCGGGAUUUCGCCCUGCCGUAGCUUCACCCUCCAGUUCCUUGCAAGGGAGCGCUCGUGUGGAAACAAUGUUACGGCGGGCGCUUGCUCAGGUGCCGCCAGAUCUAUUCGUCCAAGCAUCUACCCGUCGUUCUUACGUGCUGCAGCAGCUUCGUCCCUUCCAUCGGCGGCCAGUACCAGCCGAAGGUUUCCAGCCGCUGCAAAAUAACAGGAGAGGAGCUCCUCCCUUCAGCAUCUACGAACCACACCGGGCCAUUCCGCGCAGUAGUUUUUCAACUGAAGAGAAUUCAGCUGGUGAUUCUGCUGACCCUACAAAUGGCAAUGGCGGCGGAAGCUUUGAUCAAAGGAUCGCAACGCUGAUGAGCAUCGGGGACUGCGUCAAGCGGCACGAGCUCAGGAUGCUCUUAAGGGAUCUACACUUCAGGGGUAAAGAUGCCCCCGUCUGCUACGCCUGGUGCGACCCUUCCCCGCAAAUGCAUGUAACCCAGGGCAUCUCGAUGGCGAUCAACAUCAACAAGAUGAUCCAAGCCGGUUGCCAAGUCAAAAUUUUGAUGGCGGAUUGGUUAGCUCGGAUGGAUCAUCACAUCGGUGGCAAGGUCGGCGGUGAUCUGAGUAAGGUGCGUGACGUUUGCAUCUACAACAUUGAGAUGUGGAGAGCGGCCGGCAUGGAUCUCGAUAGGGUCGAGCUCGUGUGGCUAUCGGAUCAAGUAAGUUGCCAUGCGGACGAAUUCUGGCCCCUUGUCAUGGAUGUUGGCAGAAAAAGCGACACGAAAAGAAUAAAAAAGUCGCUUCGCGUUCAUCGCACGGAUGAUACAAGGGGCCAUGGGAGCUUAGAUCCCUACUUGUUUAGAGAUUUCACUCCUGCUGAGAUAUUCCAUCCUUGCUUACAGUGUGCCGGCAUAGUGCUGUUACACCACAAGGCGGACAUAUGGCUGCUCGACGCGGAUCAGCGUGUUGCCCACAUGUUAGCUACACAAUACUGCAACCGCCUGCAGAUGAAAGAUGGACCAGUUGCCCUGUUCCACGACGUGCCGCCAAAUUUGCUCGAAUACCCGGAACAUGAGGCGUGGAAUGAUCCCAGAUGGGCCAUCUUCAUGGAAGACGACGAGGAAAACGUCGGCUGCAAAAUAAAGAAAGCCUUCUGCCCUCCAAAGAUUACAAAAGGCAACCCUUGCUUCGAGUACAUAAGAUGUAUAAUCUUCCCUUGGUUUGGAAAAUUCGAGGUGGUUCGGAAGGAAGGGAAUUGUGGUGCGACGUUCUUCGGCAUGGAUGAGCUUACUGUUGCUUAUGAAAGUGGCAUUCUGCAUCCCGCCGACGUGAAAGAUGCGCCUGAGAAGGCAAUAAACAUGAUGUUGCGGCACAUCAAUGAUCGCCUCAAAAGCAACCCUGGAGGCAAAGAACUAGUGGAAGCAAUGGAGCAGCGAUUCAGCAUACCGUGGUGACAGUACGUUCUUUAGCAUGAAUUUUUUGUUUUUGUCUUUUGCUUGCACAAACA